AAUAAAACUAAUGGUAGUGACUAGUGAGGAACAGCGGGUGUUAGGUUGCCACUCUCCCGUGCGCUUCCCGCGAGCUGAAUCCCCGCGUCACUCAGCAGUGUUGGUCUGACUGACGGUGAGCUCCCUCCGUCGCGUCUCCUAAGCAAUUCCUUCUCUCAUGGCCACGAGAGGGUAGGAGAGAGAGAGAUAGUGCGAUGACUAUAUGUAAUUUAAGUUGGUUCAGCCCACCAAUGUCGAUGUCCAUUGCAAAACCUUCCUUCUACACACAUCUCUUCCUCAUCCCCAAAUCCAAAUUUCUUCUCACUCCCACACGCAUCUCCAUCCCCAAAUCCACACUUUCUGCCCCACAGCCCGCGCACAUCGUCUCCGACCCACCUGGCCCAGAAUCCCACUUCGACAAUUCAAGCAUUCCCCUAGAAAAGCUCUUUAUCCCCCCGAACACACCCACUUCUUCCUUGAAUUCCCCUUUGAGCGCUAGAGUCUUGAAGGGUUCCAACAUAGUUCUCAGCGGGUAUGCUAGAGAUGCUCAGAUAAAGCAGGCAGAGUUCCUGAAGAGCAGUACGAGGACGGAGGAUUGCCCCUCUGAUGGGUUGCCUGAGUUCGCCCUCGUCGGGCGCUCCAAUGUUGGGAAAUCUUCGCUGCUCAAUUCGCUUGUCCGGAGGAAGCAGCUUGCUCUCACCUCAAAGAAACCUGGAAAGACACAAUUGAUCAACCAUUUUCGGAUCAAUGACAGUUGGUACCUUGUGGAUUUGCCGGGAUAUGGGUAUGCAUCUGCUCCACAAGAACUUCGUACAGAUUGGGAUAAAUUCACUAAAGGCUAUUUCCAAAACCGUUCAACUUUGGUUUCAGUGUUCCUUCUUAUAGAUGCCAGCAUCCCUGCAAAAGAAAUUGAUCUUGAGUAUGCUAGUUGGCUGGGUCAGAAUCAGAUACCCAUGACAUUAGUCUUCACUAAAUGUGAUAAGCGGAAAAAGAAGAGGAAAGGAGGUAAAAGGCCUGAAGAGAAUGUUCAAGAUUUCCAGGAGUUGAUUCGUGAUUUCUUCCAAACAGCGCCACCUUGGAUUAUGACCAGCAGUGUUACUAAUCAGGGUCGAGAUGAGAUAUUGCUGCACAUGGCUCAGCUACGGAACUACUGGCUUGAACACUAGCAAAGUUCAAUGAUAUAGUCGAUUUAUAAUUUUUUGCUUUAUUUUGUGUUGACAUAUUUGGGAAUUGCUCAUAAUUUUGAAUUUUUUUGGAAUCAUUGAAGUUUAAUUUAGGAAAUGUAAGGUCAGGAAGUGGGACUUAAGGUUUGGUUGUUAUUGUAAAAUCAGGGUUGAUAAUUCAUUUUGCUAGGAAGUGCUUUAUAUUCAAAGUGGUUGCUGUCUUGUAACCGAUCAUAUCUUGCGUCAACUGGACCAACCUGAUGUGAAGGUAUAUAUAAAAGAUGUGCUCAAGGGAGUUGGGGCAAGCGGAGCACAUUAGAACACUUAAGUUCUUGCCUUAAUUGUUUUGUAGUUCCCUCAGCAGGGGUAAAAUAUGAUGCUUCUUGUGGAAUUGUCUUGAUGUUCAAAGCAGCAAUGCUGGGUCUCCUGUAAUAUAAAGCUUGGUUUUGUGAAAGAUGGAGAUGCCAUUUUCUCUGCAAUUUUGCACAAACAUAUGCGAGUUAAAGGCAAGUUACUAUUAGUUUAA